UGUCUUGGCAGUUGUGCAUCGCCACGAAGGAACCAAAUAUGUCUUUGAUAUCAAUACUUCUCGUCCAUACAUGCUUUCUCCACAUUAGGGGCCUCGCAGAUCGCCUCACAGCCACACCAUAUGACUACGUCAUGUUCCCAUGCCUAAUCCUCACCAUGUGGGCUACAUAUUUCAUGGUUAAUAGAAUCCACUACAGCUUGAACUCAAGUUAGCCACGCAUUAAUAUUCUCGGAAUAUUCCACAUCCAUAUAUUGACAACUACUUCAUUUUCCUCUAAUCACAACCAAGAAGAUGGACUCGACUUUCGACCCACCUCCUCCCUACUCCUCAACACCAAACUUCCCCGAACAAGAAACCCUACCUCCAACCACCUUCAUCCUAUCAAACAAAUCCAUCCACACCGAAACCGCCCCCUCAACACCCCUCUACCAGAUAUCCCAAGACAUCUCAAUUCUACCCCAAAAGUUCACAUCAGUAAAGUUCGAAAGAAUAGAGACCAUUGCACCAUUAAAACCCGAAAGCCAGUCUCCCGAGCCACAAAGGAAGCACAUAUUCUACCUCGCUCAUCCGGCACAUGCGCAGUACCGGAAAGAUGUGCCCGCAUAUUAUAUUACCUCCGUCUCCCUGGGGUCUUUGGGCAAUAUCCGCUUUGAGAUGAAUAAAUCGCGGUUUCAGAAGGUGGAGUUUAGGGCGCUUAUGAGUCCAGGGAAAACUAUGGCGGAUAAGCCGUUGUUUUGUGACGAUGCCGAGACACUUCUGUUCAGUGCGAAGAUGAAGUGGACCGGGGGUGGGUAUAGAUGGACUGACACUUGGGGGCAGGAGGUGGCGUUUGAGGGGGGGAAGGGCGAAGGAUUGAAGUUGGUCAUUACGGCAUCUAUGAACCAGGAUAUGAGGGAUGCGCUGGUUGCACUCUGGGUUUUGAGGGCUUGGUCUGAUACGGCUGAGAGUAGCGAGGCUAAAGCGGAUGGUGAGUUAACGUUCCAUAUCCGGAUACUGUUAUAACGCCGGUGCGGCCGUACCGGCUUUUCAUGUUUAACCUUUGAAUAGAGCUAGCGGCCUGGUUGCCGCGUCCAGUGUAUGGAAGCACGGAUUUAGGCUUCGCGAAGACGUCGGGAGCGUUGGGAGCCAUUGGCGCACUUGGUGGAGGUGGCGCUUGAUCAGUGGAUUGACCCUCACACACCUCAGUUG